ACUUCAAGCGACACGAGAAAACGUCAAAGCGCGUCAAAAUAUAAGUUCCUGAAGAUGAUUUUUUUCUGAAAUUCAUCAAGAAAAUCAGUGCGUUUCUUCAUUUAUUGUCCGUAUAAGUUGACUUGACAAAAUGUCCUAUCAGUUGUACAGAAAUACAACUCUGGGAAACACAUUGCAAGAGAGUUUGGAUGAAUUGAUUCAGUAUGGACAAAUCACGCCACAACUGGCUCUGAAGGUGAUUCUGCAGUUCGACAAGUCCAUCAAUGCUGCCCUCUCGAACCGCGUGAAAGCCCGCGUGACAUUCAAGGCGGCGAAACUCAACACUUACCGCUUCUGCGACAACGUCUGGACGCUGAUGUUGAACGAUGUUGAGUUCCGGGAAGUGCAUGAAUUUGCCAAAGUGGACAAGGUGAAGAUUGUGGCGUGCGACGGAAAGAAUGCGAUUAUAUCAGAAAUGGAAAACGACAAGCGAUAAUUGGGACUCUCCGGACGGGAUCACAUUCCAAUGCGAGAGUAAUAUAAUUGCACAGUAAUCCAUGUUGUCUCACCUCCUGUGACGCUUUCACUGUGCACAGGAGUCAUCGAAUUUUAUCGUGUGAAUUGCGCUACAUUUAUUCGGUAAGUGGAAGAGGGUUUAAUCACAAGUUUUCUCAGCCGUGGAUGGAGAAUUCAUUUGGCACCGGAGGAGCUCCUUUGGCCCUUGAAUAUUAUAUAGAAUGAUGUGGAAUUGUCUCAAAGGAAAUACAUCAUAAUAUGCAGUAGUUUAUCUCUUGACUUAUUACUGUAAACCUCGAUUUUCCUAUUCCUUUGCCAGAGCACAGCCGCUAUAAGAAGCUUCCCAGCAGUGAAUUCAAAGCAUUCAGACAUGAAAAUAUUGAUGAAGGAUUGAAAAAUCGGCAAAAUCCAUAUAAUAAAUUCUCAUUCGCAUAAAAUGCUUUCAACAUUUUCUGUUCUACGUCUGAAAUCUAUAAAUAUGAAAAGUAUUUAGUCCAGAGAAAAUCGAGUUGUUUAAGAAAACAUUAAAAUUCCAUAAUUAAUAGUAGGGCAA